UUCACCGAUCCCUUCGCCGUUCACCGUUAACACGUUACCACGUGAUGGCAAAACGUUACGCGAAAAACUUUUCCCGCGCAAUCGUUGGGGGGAGGCUCGGUCGGUGAAUCAAUUCGUGAAAGAGACGACGUCACCGUCGCUCGCUGCUGCUGAAACGGUGCACUAAAUGAGCGAUACGAGGGUGCUGCUUUCGCUGACACCACGGGUGGGGUUGACGGAACGGAGACGGGAUUCGGGUUCGUCCUUUCGUGACGAGCCCGCUGAGGAUAGCUUCGUCCUCUGGGACCACUAUUUUUAGUAUCGCUUUCGAGCCACGUACAGCUCAGUCACCUGCGAACGACGAUCCUGCACGGACGGAUCGCACUAAACAGCGCGGCUUAUUUGUGCUGCCACUGUACUACCUGCCCACUACCACACACACACACACAGAUACACAUUCGCCAGUACUACCUGCCAUUUUAGCUUCAGCAGGCGCGCACCCGGUAGCGCACUAUGUCGGUACGCCUACUGUGUUCAUUAGUUUAACCUACUUCGAUUGCAAAUCGCGACAGUGCGCAGAGGAUUUGGAGUGCUCGAAGGUGUACAGAUGGUGUGCGACAGCAGCAGCACCGGCAGAGCAGUGUAGACAUUUCUGGUUGGGCAAUGUUCUUUUGGAAACGCUAGCAGCAGGCCCACGUUUUGGAACGGCCGCCAGAGUGGUGGCAAGCACAAAACGGCGGAAGUGAUUCGCCUCCGUGUUCAGGUAGUUUUCUAGGCCAACUAGCCUAGACCCAAGUGGUGCCACAGUGCCUUUAACCGUGUUUCCCAGGUUUUGCAGGCGUGCAGGGAUACACCUAUUAAAUCAGAUCCGUACAAAAGUGAACUCAGUGGCGGUGGUCCCGAAAAUGAUCAACCGCAACUACACCAAACCCAAGCCGAUUGUGCAGAAAAGUACGAGCAACGAGGAAAGCGAUGACACGAACGAGGACACCUCGUCCGGGACGGCGGAGUCCGGCACCAGCUCCGACUCCGAGUCCGAGAUGGACACUACCGAGACGUCCUUCUCGUCCAAGAGUACAACCGAGUGCGGUGGCGUUGGGAGUUCCGGCGCACCGUGCAAGCAGCUCCACCAGGGUCAGCAGGGAUUGCUGCGGAUGAACAAUCGCAACUAUGCGGUGAUGUGUGGUGGGGAGACGGACCCGAAGAACUCCAAACACUUCUGUCACCAUCAUCAUCAUCACCACCAUCACCACCAUGGGGACGAUGAGAACAAGAAGGAUGUGAACUGUUGUAGAAGUGCUCUCGACCAAAAUGCGCGCCUUGUACAUAGACUCAAGAAAUCGAAGAAAACACUACCGAUCAGUAUUUGCAUACUUAACUGCCGCUACGACAUCAUCACGCGCGUCUGCAAACGGCUCGGCUAUCGGCUGGUCGGCGAAUCCGAUCUCUGGAACGUGUGCUGGACGGAUUCGUUCGUGGGCGUCGACUUUUGUCGCGAUAUGCGCCGCUUCCAGAAGGUGAACCAUUUCCCGGGCAUGUUCGAGAUUUGCCGCAAGGAUCUGCUGGCCCGGAACCUGAACCGGAUGCUGAAGCUGUUCCCGCUGGAUUAUCAAAUAUUCCCCAAAACGUGGUGCUUUCCGGCGGACCUGGGUGACGCUAUAGCCUACAGUCGAACGCACCGUAGCAAGACGUUCAUCCUGAAACCGGACCAAGGUUCGCAGGGGAAAGGUAUCUUUCUGACGAAAAACCUGAAGGAAAUUAAUCCGAAAGAUCGCAUGAUCUGUCAGGUGUACAUUACGAAGCCACUGCUGAUCGAUGGGUACAAGUUUGAUCUGCGCGUGUACACGCUGAUCACCUCAACCGAUCCGUUGCGCAUCUUUGUGUACAAUGAGGGUUUGGCGCGGUUUGCCACAAACAAGUACAAGGAACCGUGCGUUACGAACGCGUCCAACACCUUCAUGCACCUGACCAACUAUUCCGUCAACAAGUACAGCAGGACGUUCUCGAACGAUGAUGAGGCCGGUUCGAAGCGGCGCUUCUCGACGCUGAAUCGCAUCCUCACGGCCGAGGGUUACGACAUUGCGGAACUGUGGAGCAACAUCGAUGACGUGAUAGUGAAGACGGUGAUGAGUGCCUGGCCCAUGCUGAAGCACACGUACACCGCCAGCUUUCCGACGCACGACAUCAUCCAGGCGUGCUUUGAGGUGCUCGGUUUCGAUAUACUCAUCGAUCACAAGCUGAAGCCGUACGUGCUGGAGGUGAACCACUCACCGUCCUUCCACACGGACGAAGCGAUCGAUAAGGAGAUUAAGGAAGCGCUCAUCGCGGACACCUUCGUUAUGCUCAAUCUGAACGGCGAGGUGAAGAAGCGCGUGCUGGAGGAGGACAAGCGAAGGAUUCAGAACCGUCUGCUGCAACGGCUGCGUGAUUACUCCAAACAGACGGGCAGCAGGGAGCAGCAGCAGCAGCAACAGCAACAACAGCAGCAGCAGCAACAGCAGCAAGCCCGCGACGGUAACGAUCCGGACGAUGAUCCGUACGGUGAGGACGGUAUGGGUCCGUGGGCCGAACAGAUUACCUGGGAAGAAACGCAUCUCGGCGGCUACCGACGCAUACUGCCAGCACCCGGCGAUCCCAACCGGUACCUGCAGUUCUUCAUCGCUCAAAGCCAGGCGUCGGUGUACAAUGAGACUGCGGCCAGCAAGCGCCGGGAGGAGUGCGCCAAGCAGCAGCGCAUCGAGCUGGAGGAACGUUUCCGACUGAACCAAGCUAUCCUGCACAAGCACAAUCCGAAGCUGCAGAAGGGUGGAAUGGGAGCGGGCGAGGAUGCUGCCGGCGGUAACGGCGGUACGGGGGCUGGAUCGUUGGCGGCCAAGAAGAAGAUACGCAAGCGGAAAGUGUCCAAGGUGGCCAAGAAGCAUGACGAGUUCUCGCCGGACCAGAUUGCGGACUACGAGGAACGGGAGCGGAUGGCGUUGCUGGGACAGAGAGAUUUUCUAAUACGCACCUGCGGGCUAGUGCAGAAUAUAUACAUCAACUUUCACCGGAACAAGCUGCUGACCGAUUCCGACCGUCGCAAGUACAAGGAAACGUACGCGAAGCUGAUCACCAACGAUCACCUGCAGCAGUCCGAAGCGUCCCCGCAGUCCAACCACACCUUCUCCACCAUCCACAGUACCAGCACGGUGGCCGGAUCGACGUCUACCGGUGGUUACGGUUACGGUGGUGGAAACAGCAACUCCACAACCUGCCUGCCAAGCCUCCAGAACGGCACCAGCAUAGGUCCACAUUCGGCGGCAGCACAGCAACAGCAGCAGCAGCAGCAGCAAAACACCUCGAACCAGCUACAGAAGCUUCAAAUCAAAAGUCUGGUCGCCAUCAAUGACGUUACCUCGUGGAUGCAGUGCACGGAAGUGCCGGUACAAAGUCGUCCACCGUUGCCUUAUCUGCUCGCCACGCAGCCGACCAACUACCGCAGCACCAAAUCGACCAUGGCCCGGCAGGUGACGAACGUGGUCAAGCGCCAUAGCAUGGAAUCGCGCCAAUACUACACCUCGGACAAGCUCAUCUAGUAUUGACUCCGGCACGGCAUUAGUGGGCCGUGCGGUAGCACCAGCAACAACAACACUGCCGAACCCAUCAUCGUCGUUCUCUGGCCAUCCAGUGGGGGGGGGGGGGGGAGCAAAUUUCAAACUCAGGUGCGAUUUCGAUGGUGGUGCGAAAUUUCGAUUUUUACAACCGAUCGGUACUUUUCCGCUACGCAUUUUUUCUGUGUGUGUUGUUUUUCUUCCUUCCCUUUCGAGCAUACUCCAGCCGCUUCCGGCCGGGAGAAGGGAAGGCCGCGGAAGAAGCACUGAUUGAUUAUAGACCACUGCUAAAAGAAAACCCCGUUUGAUUAAAAAUUUAAUGUUUAUUAAUAAUA